GGAGUAAACAUGCUUCCAGAGUUCAUGGUAGUCAAAAUCCAACGACCCAACAUCUUAGUUUACUUUGUAGAAUUGCAAUGAGACAUAAGAUCGACCGUUUUGAUUCUGGAACUUAUUAUGCUGAGGGUGACACUUCUUCUGAUUCCGAUACCAAUCCUGAUACUAAUACUGAACCCGAACCUAAAUCUCAGCCUAAGAAUAACGAUCUUUCAAAGAAAGUGCACUAUAAUCCUUUUGAUGUCCAACUCGCGGAAAUAAAUUUGAUGUUAGCAGAAAUAAAUGUGAAGUAG